UGGGAGAGCUUGCUGGAGAGCCUCACCUAACUGUUUUCUGGCUUCUGAGUGGGUGUUAGAGCGUGCAGUGUCCAUACUGGCACAGACCUUGGGUUCGUGGCAGAGCAGAGACACAGAAGCACUAGCCUGCAACUAUUCCGUAAUACUAACAGCUGGAUCAAGCCAUACAGUUUCUUUGUCAGUACCAGAAAUGGUACAAUUGACUGUGCAAAGCUACAGAAGAUCCCUGCAAGAAUUUUCUGAGAGCCCGGUUAUGUCAAGAUGCAACAGCCUCAGGUCUUCCCACUCUCACACUGGUGGACCACAGAGCAUCACUGAAUGGCUAUCACUGUGUGAAAAGGAUCCAGUGGAGAUUCUCCUUGAUUUGGGGUUUGGUACAGAGGAACCCGAUGUCUGCACUAAAAUCCCUCCUAGGUUCCUCAGUGGUUCUUCUGUGGCAAAAGGUAUUGACAUCCAAGUCUUUUUGGAAGCUCAAAAGCAGCGGAUGGACAUUGAGCUGCCAAGCCUGUAUGGACGUUUUCGACAACUGGAAGUACUUGACCACAUCACCAGUGCCCUCUCAUCUUUGCUGACUGAUGUGAACACCCAGCAGACCAAAGCACAGGAAACUGGUGGGAAGGUGACCGGUCAUUUGAAUGCUGUGAAGAGCAGAUCUGUGGUCACACAAGCAAAGAGGAGAAGAAUAGGUCAGUUCCUGAGAAGGGCUUCUCAGCAGACAGCACUACUGAACCUGGGCUUGCUGGCACCUGAGGAAGUCAGCAUGCCAGGCACAGAAGAACAACCUCACCUUUGUGUGGAUAUUGCUGAGAGGGGACCAAUCCAGACAGGAUUUUCUGCGCAUGUUACUUUGGGCUGUCUGACCCAGGAGCAAACCUGUAGAGACAAAAGUUCCUCAGCUUAUCCCGUAUCCCAGUGCCCACCAGCUCUGCCAGGGAAAAACUGUGCUUCAUCGCGUUUGGUGACAAAACAGCUCCACCUUUCUUCUCCAUGUGAGGUGCCUGCCAAAGGCAGGCCAAGAAAAGAGCCCCAUUUGCUUUUGGCCCAGAUGCUCAAAAAAUUGGCAGGUCUAAACUGCAGGCCUCCAGAUUCAUUUGAAAUGGAAGAGAUUCAGAGCUUUGAGGAUGAAAUUCCAUCUGGAAAUACUCCUGACACCACCUUAACAGAGAUGAUGAUGACAAGAACAAGCAGCAGCCAGUCAGACAGCAGUGGGUUCAUGGAGGAGCUGCCAGAAUCUUUAGUAUUGCAAAAUGUAUCUUUGUCAGGAAAGAGGAAUAUUUUUUCUGAUCUCUACAACCAACAAAAAGCUCUGUCACAUACGACAGAGUUUCCUCUGUUAAAUCAAGAUUUCCAUCAAAAUCAAGAUGAUUGUGUUGGUGAAGUCUUCAGCAGAGCUUGUGAAAGCUUCAAGACAGUAUCUAGACCAACAAAAGCAUGCAAAGACCAGGGAGAAGAGAUUUCCCUUCUGCUGACUGCGGAAAAUGGCAAGCAUCAGUCCUGUAAUGCUGAGCUGCAGAGUUUUGUCCAAGACGGAUUAUGUGGCAUGGAAGAGUAUAAAACUGAAAGACAGCAUCUUGAAAAAGAGGAGUGCACAGAAGAGAAUACUCCUUUUAAGGGUGAUACUCAAGAUGAAGGAGAUCCUCUCUCAUCAGAAUUUCAUUGUCAGCUUUAUUUCAGUACAGGACAUAAAAAUAUGAAUGCAGCCCUCACUGAACUGAGUGAUACAAACCCUGAGAGCAAGCUUGGACGUGAUGCUGAAAGUGAGAGAGGCCUGAUGGAAAACGGCAGUGAAGUCCCAUGUCACAGAAAUGUCCACAGAGACUGUACAGAAUGUGGUGAAGAACUGUGGUGCGGUGUGCAAGUGUUUGUCAGAAACGGUGCCAUGCUUGCAGCAAAUGAGGUUACAAACAGGCAGUUUUGUAAAAUGGGUGCUGAUGUGAAAAAAAUAAGAUGCCUCUCUAGAAGGGGGGUCCCAGAAACUCUGUGUAAGGGCUAUGCCGCUCCAAGCUGCUCUUCACAAGUGUCUCACAGGCCUCCUCCGUGCCGAGCAGGAGGGCCAGAGUUAAGUUCACCCAACGAGCAAGAGAUAGGGGGCACAAGGGAAAUGUUAGGCACUAACAAAGCAGAACUAGGGGACUCUGUCCAAAACUGUGAAAUGAUUCGUACUCCUCUGAGAUCUGUUACUGUUCAGAUGCCUUCAGGCCUGGAGUUUACUUCAAGGGUGAAGUGCACAAAGCAAAAUGUUCCUUGCACUGAAAGCCUUGCUAGGGAUGACCAUGUGGACUUGUCUAAGGUGUUAGCACACUGCUCUGAGGGUGCUAGUCCCAAAUUGUCAGACCCAGGGGCUUCAGAGGACGGUGUGAAGCAGACCAUUGACACCCCCAGCCAAAAUGGAGGUAACAGAAAGACCAGGCAGCUGCCCGUGCUUUGCCCGCCCCAUCGCCACCUGACUAAAUCAGCCUCCCUUGACACCAUGCUCUCUGGAAAAUACAAAUACAGGCCACACCAUUGCAGUGAAACCUCUGGAAUGACGAGUACACAGGGCAGUCCCUGCUGCCACUACUGCUGCUGCCAUGGUUGCUGCUGCUGCUUAUGGACAUGUCCUGUGGCUGUUUCUCUCCAUAGCCCCAUGGGUUGCUGCUCAAACCAGGCUGCCAACAAGCUGCAGCUCCUGAGGACACUGACGUCUCUACAGGAAAAUGCAAUGAGAAAUCUUCCUCUGUGUACUCACGAAAUAGAGUUGAUGAAGAUCUCCUGCCAGCAGUUCCAUGAGAAGCUGGAUGAGAUUGAACGGCACCUGACCGAACAGGAGGAAAGCAGAAACCUGCAACGCCUACAUCAAGCCAUUCGUCAGGAGAUGGCAGAGCUGGAACUCGGUCUGAAUGACAGAGCUUACCAAGUCGGGGAGGACAUCCUGAUGCAGCUGGACCAAUUACUGGUAGAACAAUCCCAUCUGUUUUCCGAGCUCGGACUUUCUGAUUGGAAGGGAGAAAGAAAUGCCCAGAAUAAACAAGCACUUCCAGAUGCUGCUGGUGCUAGAAGUGGGUGCUCAGAAAAGGUACCCCAAAGAGCUGCUAGCAAAAACACCACAGCAGCAGGCUCUCUCUCAGCCCUGAAACCAGAGGCACCCUUAACGCUGCUUCCUACCAGGACAAUGUCUGAGCCAAAUUCAUCCACGCAGGAUCUGCAGGAGCCCUCCAUCAGUAAAAGAGAAAUAAAAAGACCUCCUCAAGCAAAAACUGAAUUUAAGGCCUUACACAACUUGAAGAAAUCUUUCCAAAAUCCUUUAGGUAACGAUUCAGCAGAAGGGAAAGACUGACGGAUGACAGACUGAUGGAUUUUGUUUCUAGUAAUUGUGGCCCUUCUCCUUCAAUACGUGGUAUAUCUCAGAAACAAAUGAGCAAAACAUUGCUUUAUUCAGAGUUCUGAUCAUAGUAAUUUCAUUUGCAAUGAGAUGAUUGGCCAGAAACAUAGGCACCUUUAUGGAACGUCUCAAAGAGAGGUACUGUGUGUUCUGCUAUUCUGUGAUGGCAAAACUUACUGCAUUCCCCUUGGCCAUCAUCUGGAGUAGGGCAGUUCUUUGAAAAGGAGAGAGAGCUUAUUUUUAGAAGAAACUUGUGAACUUCCAGAAGGUAUUCUCCUUACAGCCAAUUACUUUCAUAAAAUCAAUGCCAAUCUCCAAGUCCAAACUACCUUGCAUAGUCAUAGCCCCUUUCUAGCUUUUAACUAGCUAUGAAAGCCUAAUUUGCCUCUGAGUAAUUUGAUGAGUUUUGUAUCUACUCUCACUACUCAGUACUCAGAAGCUUACCAACAGUAUACGAGACCUUAAACACUCAUGUUGUUAAAACAUUACUGUGGAUAAUCUACUGACUGUCCUAUUCAUUUUCAUAUUUGCUUCACAAAAAUCGAAUUAAAUAAAAUGAGACUAGAAACACAAGAUUUACUACAUUAUAAAACUUGAAUCAGAAUCCUAAUUUAGUUUUCUGGGGAGUGAGCAAAGUCUGGAUUCAUGCAGGAAAAAAAAAGGGAAAAAAAUAAAAAUAAAAAUAAAAUAAAAUAAAAAGACUUCUUUGAUUUGGAGUACAGAAAAGAAAUCCAACUAGUUCAUUUUCAAAGCAGUUUGUGCUCCUGCUUUCAGUUUAGCGCUUCCCAGACUGUGAGACACCCUACCGGCUUGUUUAUUUAAUGCUCUGGAGGGAUCUUAGGUGUCAUUUAGGCUUUGGUGUUGCAAAUCACAGCUCUGCGAAGGUGCAAAUAGAAGUAGCAUUUGCACAUGUUCAAGGAGAAAAUUGAGUCAAACAUGCUGAGCAGCCUGGAGGCUUCCUGCACCUCGACGUUUCCACAGAUGUUCAAGGUAAUAAAAUGAUUGGGGGAGAGAAGUUCAUAACACAUGAACCAACAAGAUCCUCCACAGCCUGCUGGGCCAUGAAUUUUACUGGUUGAAAUUUGCCCCUUUCUUGAAACCCCACAUGGGAUUCGUACAUCGCUUCCAUGCUAUCAAAUGUUUAGGAGUUUAUAUGGCAAGAUUUGCGACUAGUUCCUUUGAAGCUGCUGGGAUUUAUCCAGACAGGACCAAAAUAAUCUUCAUGUCCAUUAGCUUAUGAACUGUACUUGUAGACGUCGUACUUCAGUUUGUAGAGGAAGGCACAUAAAGAGCACAGAGAAGGAUAUACAAUCAUGCCUGUGCCAAAGGGCUCCUGGAAGAAAGGGCAAAGAAGCUUCCUUUCUUCACCCAGCACUGGGGCUCUGAUUCCUCCCAUGAAACAAGAUUUUUUUGUGUGUGUUUCAAGACAGCAUGCUAAGUAAAAGCUGUAUAUGGAUGUAAUGCUACAGCCACGGUGUGCCUGUCUUACAGACAUAAGGUAUCCAUACCACAUUAUGUGAAUAGGGGCUGGUAUUGGUAGGUGGCAGCUAUUCUUCAUCACACGAGUCCUCUGAUGCCAUUUGAAAUCCACCAUCUGUGUUCACAGUCAGGACUGAAUUUGACUCCUGUUAACAGAACUUUCCUGUUUGAAUAGUUUCUAGAUGAUUGGUACAUGCAGUCCAGUUCCUCAUUUCAAUUUAACUGUAAAACAAUCUCAUGCAAGCUGUGGGGGAAUAGGGUUCCCCCAAAUGCAACACUUUGACAUCCAUAAAUACAUUAUUUCCUUGAUCAGGCUUGGAUUUAAAGGUAGAGAACCCUUUAAGCAUGUGUGUUUUUAAUAGUUAAGCUGUAACCUCAUAGCAAUAAAAAAUAUGCUAAGCAAUGGAAAGGGGAAAAGUCUUUUGACUUAUCUUAGAGCAUAACUUCAAAAGCCCUCUGAGCAUGUUACAGGGACAUCUGGAUUGAAUUUCUUAAUGCUGCUGUUGAAGAUGGGGGAAAGAAGAAAACACAAUAAUUUUGGGAUCAGGAAAGUCUAGAGUAGCACUGGUGAGCAUAACCCAGAUGCAUGCCUGCUUUUCCUUAGACUCACAGUGUUACCAGCCUUUUAAAUUCUCCUAUUUCCCCUUCGGGCAGUCGUAAAUAAGUAUGAUGGGAAUCUUAACUCCACAGAAUUAAUGAAAUAUUAAAAUAUGUGAUUGAGUAACAUUAUUGUGCUCACUAGUGAGAACCACAGCUUGCAGGUUUACAAGGCAGAUAAUAUCUUGGUGGGGGCUACGCUGCUUCUGAAAAGCAUCAGUGCUGAGCAGUUUACAUCUGAAAUCUGAAGAAAACUGACCCUGUGACACUGCAGGACUUCUGGGUUUAAAAAAUAAUAAUAAUAAAAAGAAUAGUUGGAGAAAUUGCAGUAGUAGCAGUAUUUGAACUAAAGACUGCUUUUGUCCCAGCUCUAGUACUCACACCUGCCAUGGGCUGAACCACUGGCCCUGUUUGAGGGAACUGCUAAGGCUCCACGGUUGUCCAGGCUUCAGCAUGCUAUGGAAAUGGCAAGAUGUAUAGGGAUGGACACUGACGUGUUACAGAGGUGCUACUUCUCCCAGUUCUCCAGCCCUCUUUCAGCAUCCCUAGAUUGCUGAGAUCCUAAAACUGUCACCUCAAGUCCUUUUCAUUCCAUUAAGAACUUAAUGCCUCCUUUGCCCUGUUAACAGUUUCUAGAAUGCAAGGGCCACAUACUGCCUCACCAAAGCACGUUAUAGGGAAGGGGGAGAUUAAAAAAAACAAUAAUAAAGAUUCCCUAACAAAGGUAGAAAAUCACCCACCCUAGUUCAGUAACAAUUCACGUGACUUGAAUUUUACUUCUUAUGUCAUUGUCUUUUGCCUUCAUUGGUUUUCCCUGAUGCCCCAUAAAUCUUUAAACCCCGAAGCUAAAAAAGACUGCAUUGUGCAUCAGCUUUAAUACUGAUUUUGCUAGAGAGUAUAAAAUCUAGAGAGAUAAUGAGGAAAUUCAUCUGAGGUACCUUGCCAAGGGCUCCCAUUAGUCGCUUUACCAGGCAUCAAUUCAAUAAACCCUUGAGAGUGACACAUGAAUAAACAUUAGAGCCUCCCUGGUAUGUUAAUGCAUCAGUUGCCUGAUUGUCACUGCUGCCAACAGACUCCAGGAAAAGAAGUAUCUUGGGAGCUCAGCCCCUUCCAACUUCAAGUCCAAAGUAGGUUUGACACCACCUUAGGAGAAGACAAGCUCAGGAGAGCAGUGUGACAGCCCAAUAAGACGGCACAGCUGCUUUCAGUAGCAGUGACCUCAUCUGGAUGCACCGUCCACACCUGUCCAGUCUGGGUCUGCUACCCAGUACUGCAUGGUACUGCUGUGUCAGAUCCAGGCUCGUUCCCAUGCAGGAAUGGAGUUUGUGUUUGAACAGAAAGUCUCAAAUACUGACCUCCAGCAAUAGGAACUGAGCUGCUUAACGCGAAUGACUUUCUCUUGCAGGGCUACUAGGCAGUCCUGGGUCUUAUUCCUGGCUAUACCAUGUGCUCUGUGUGACCAAGGCCUUUUUCUUUACCCAGCGGGGAUCUUUAUUCUCUUCUUUCUGUCUCAUCUAACGAGGUUUUAAAUUUCUCACGGAGAAGAUAUACCCUCAUAACCUGUUCAUAAAGAGCUGGGCAUAUUGGGGGCCCAGUAUCAGUUGGGACCCUGCUGCAAUAGUUGUAUGAGCUGCCUUUCAUUAAGAUCCAUUGGUAUUUAAGAAACAGCUGUGGUGUCACUUUAUAAAGCUGUUGACUGUUUUAACUUCCUCUUCUCCAGAAGCGAGGUUUUGAUUUUCCUUGUAGAAAUGGACACAGACAGAAGAGGCCAAAGCCUGAACAAAAUGGCAGUUUUCUUACAAAAUGGGAAAGCUCAGAAUCUGAGAUCUCCAGAAAUCAAAAGAACAUGAAACAACACUACUCUCACUUCACCAGAGGGCUGCAUUUGAAUUCAUCUAUCUUCAUUUCAUUCUUUUCCAUUGUCUUUUCUUGGGCGCAUCAUUCACUCAAUUAGCACAGAUCACAGCUAGUAAGGGACACAGGUGUGUCCCAUUGAGGCAACUCAACCUUAAUAUGGAAAACAUUUAUUACCAUGCCAAAUAAUGCAGAGCAUUGGCCGCAUUUCCCUGAAAUUAUAAUUUUCCCAUUUGAAAAAUAAAUAAAUAAAGCCUGUUAAGAGAUAAGUGCUUGCAGUGGAGAGGUAAGAAGGACAAGAGACAGUCGGGAGCUAAGGAGAUGUUUAUCUUUUCCCCCCAUCUUUUAUCCCAAGGGAGCAUGAGGGCUUCCUAGGGCCCCACCUUAAGAUGCUGACACACUUGUAUCACUUGCAUGCUGCUGGCAAGCUCUGAUCCUGUCACCUGCAAAAAGAUUUUAUAAAUGCAUACAGGGGUGAAAUAUUCUUCUUCUGUGCUCUCUCCUUGGCCAGUGCCUCCAGGAAUGACUGUAAGUAUUUAGUAGGGAGACUUCAGUAAAAGUAUCUGCCAAGGGUGGCAGGCUGCCUGGGGUCCCAAAAUGGAGGAGGGUGAGAGACCUCUUUCAGAGAGACGGUGAAGAAAACUGUGGUGCUCGUCUCGAGAUUCCCAUAUCUCAUCCCAUUUUAAUGUACAAAUUUUUUGGGAAAUUGUUUUAUGUCAAUUCCCACUCUAUAAAAAAGAAGUAGUAACACACAGCUCUCACAAGGAGAGCUUCAAUUCCAGUAGACAGCUCAAGUCAAGCUAUUGCAGCUUAUUGUGAAACAAGGUGUUGGGAAAAAAUGUCUGCAGGUAAGUAGUGCUUGCUGAUUAAGUUUUUAAAGGCUGCCUAGAUUUCCCAGAGGUUCUUCUUGGGCUGCU